AGUCCCAGUAAGGUUUUAAUAACAAAAGCCUUAACUUGCACAAGAAAGCAAUACCCUGAUAAUGGUAAAAUGACACCACGUGCAAAUGGCCUACUCCAUUACGUAAGAAUACACUUUCUCACAAACAAGAAAACCCUCCCAGCGCGAACUUCACUCUCUGUAAUAUAAAACGCACGGUUUUUCGCCAACCCUACUGUUAACCUCUGUCCGCAAAGAUUAGCAUCUAUCAACAGGCCCUAACUAUCUGGGUGACCUGUGCUGCACCCAUAAUUCAGUUGUGUCUAAAAUCAAAUAUGGCGAUCUCCAGGAUCUCAGAGGGAUCGAGCAAGGAAUAUUCCAAGAUUCAGGGUUUCUUUGUACAUCGUUAUAAUCGGUAAGCAAACGGUUACAGUGUUACAUUCAUUGGACACUGCAGUACAAAUUGUAUUGCGAAAUCCGUUCUCGUCUCUCAUGGCAGCUGUGUAGUAUAAACCCUUACAAGCUUGUGUUGUUUAUUUCAGGCCUACACAUAAUUAAUCGCUAGGAUAUUUACAGUCAAACGAAAUCGAGCCUUAUAACACUAAUGAAACUCAAGACAAUAUGAAUAAAAUAGUAUCGAACCUGCGUGCUAAAACCGGACCACAACACCUGUUUGAAUAUAAUUUGCAGAAUGUAGUAAAAAAAACAGCAACAACAAAAAAAAACAUAUGUAUUUUAAAAUGAUGUUCCUUCGAAUUCAUUAUCAGUUUUAUGCUUUCUGGAGAUGAUUUCUUGUCAAAGUCAGGUAUUAUUCGAUUGAUUUGAUUAAUAAAUGCCUGUCUCUGUAUUGAGUAUUUGUUACAUUGAAAGAGGAAAUGAAUCUCAUCUUCUACCUGAUUUGAGUUACAUAAGGGACAUAAUCUAUUUUCUCUUGGCAAAUGAUCGAUUUGGUAUCGACCAUGUUCAAUCAUAAGUUUGUGAUUACUUAUUUUAAAUUUAACAAAAUUCUGUCGUUCGUCAUAACGUCUUAGCUGGUAGAGAUAAUCAGAUGUAGAAUAUUCGUCUUUAAAAAGUUUUAUAAAAUUCUAGUUUUUUUGAAUUUUCAAGGCUGUCCCACCAAAAGAAAGAUAGAUUUUCUCUCUCAUUUCUGUGGUAUAUCGUCUAAUUUUAUCAUUAUCUAGACAUUCAGCAUCUAAACUGGUUAGAUUGUAUUGUUCAAACAUGUUUAUGAAAUUGGAAAAAUAUCCUGAAUGUAGAUUCUUUGACAUAAGGAAAGACUGUUUGACUAUAGAGUCAUUAUCUUUGUUGUUGAGGUAAACAAAAUAUUUCAUAAUUUUCAGAUUUAUCGGGAUAAGCAGCGGCAAUCUAUCAAGUUCAGCUCUGCAAGCUAUGUUAGAGGCCUUAUUGUUAACCUCUAAGUAACGUUUACAGAAUUUGAGGUGGACUUUUUCUAUUGGGGAGCUAUCCCAUUUUUUAAAAUCUUGCUUGGUGUACACUCCCCAUACCUCACUGUUGUAACUUAAGAUUGGGAAUACCAUGGUGUCAAAAAUAUGGGAUGCAGUAUUAGGAUUAAGUUUGUUAAGAAUUGUCCGCUUCCGAAUACUAGAAAACGCGUGAAGGGCCUUGUCUUUUUUGAGUGUUCGAGUGCAAGUGUAAAGUUUCCCAUUGGAGUUAAACGUGUACCUAAAUAAGUGUAUUCUUGGACAAUUUCAAUUGACUCACUGCCUAUGUUGAAUUUGAUGUCAAUGGAUUUUUUUGGGCGUUUCUGGAAUAUCAUAAUUUUUGUUUUUUUCGGAUUAAUUUUUAGCUUCCAUUUGUCACAAUACAAGGAAAGCGCAUUUAAACAGUUCUGUAAUCCAGUUUUCGAUCUUGAUAGAAUAACUAAAUCAUCUGCGCAUAAAAAGUGAAUUUAUUUUUUUUUUUCCAUUUGGAAGAACAAAUGGGUCAGAUAAGGUGUUUUUUAAAUAAAUGUGGUACAUUGUUUAAAUAGAGGUUAAAUAAAGAGGGCUUAAAAUACAGCCUUGGCGUACACCUCUGGAAUAUGAAAAAGGCUGUGUUUUGUUUUCACCGAUUUUGAUGGAACAUGUCGAGUUGCAAUAAAGGCUUUUCAUGAGGUUGUACAAGACUAGUUUCCUCCUAUAUUCGUUUCAGAGACAUGGCAAUUGGUCUUGUGUUUACAUAACCCACACGGAAUCAAGCAUGACAUUCCCUUAGCAACAUAACAAUUCAGCCAUUCAGAAUUCAGCUGAAUGCAUCAGAAUGAUUGUUCAUCUUGUGCUGCUCACGCUUGUUCAAAGCAAAACAGAUUAAAAACGCUGUUUUAAACUCACGUUUGGGGGGAGUAAUGAAAUGUGAAAUGGAAUAAUGAAUGUCGGCAUAUAUCAGAAACAAAGUGUGAGUCAUCGAGACACUGUUGCAUUACAAAGCAAAGAUAAUCACAGGAGUACACUGAAACAAAAAACCAUUGACCCUCCAUACUUGUUUGUGUAGCCCAAAGAUUGUUAAUUGCUGCAGUUUAUGUUGGUCUUUUCUGUCUAGUCCACACAUUGAAAUAAAGGAUUCCGUAUCAUAAGCAAGCGAUUAAUCCUUCAAUCUCCACAGCGUGGUACUAAUGUUGUUGGAGAUGUAAACUUUAUUAUUCUCCUAGUUGAUCAGAGAAUUAAACUGUUGGACAUACACAACAAGGUUUUAAGAUUCAUCACAGGCCUUUUCCUCCGACUGUCAAGCAGACAGCUUUUUUGAACAUAUAGACAACCUCAAGAUUGCCUCUUUCAGGUUUAGGGUUCAGUGUUGAUUUUCCUUCUUGAAUCCAGGGGGACCAUUACUUAUGCCACAUUCUGACAGACCACAUAAACAAUCACCGGCAGCAUCUUCUGGGGAAAGGAAGUGGAAACAUUAUUUUUACUUGUGGUACGUAAAUGCUUACAGUAGUCUAUUAUUUUGUGCACUUGAUAUGGGGUGUGCUGAAGUAUAAGCUGUUCACAUAAUGAUAUGCCAGAAUUGAAACCCAUCCCUAAUCUUAAAAGAAGAGCCAAAGGAUCUUUUAGCAUUGCAGCUGGAUCUCAAAGGUGAAAACCACCUCAAGAUCUCACUGACCCUUAAAAGAAUUAUGGGGACUGGUCAAAAAGCCCAUGACAGACACCGCCUCGGUUACAAUAAACAGGGUCAAUAAAGGAAUGAAAGGUAUCAAAUCACAGAAUGUAGUCCCUGCACGAUUUUUGCUCUGUAAAAGGUUGGUAAUGGCGAGAAAAGGUAGAAAAUUCUUCGGCUGGUGUUUUUGUAAGUUCUUAAUCUCACCGAGACUGGUCGGUUGUACCAGAUCAGUAUUGAUUUUAUGCCGUGGAUUUUUUUCCACACAAAAUUAAUGGGGAGAAAAUCGCAAUGUCUAGUUUUUUCCGGCUGCCUAAUCUGCACACACUGCUAAUUACCAGCCCAGAUGAUACAUUCUAAUGGCUAAGACAGAGACUUAAGAUUAAACCAUUUCAUGCCAGAAAUCAAUCUUUUCUCAGUGUAAUGAUUCCAUUCAUCUUCAGUCAAAAGCCUAGAGGACUAGACAUCCUACUAGUACAUUCACUGUAUUAGUGUUAUUUUUUGUAAUUGAAACCAUUCCUUCAAGAAGGAAGUUGGAUUCAAGUUUUGCUUGCACAAAUAAAGGCGAGUUGUUCACAGUCAGAAAUAGGUUGCUCCAGCUUUUAAAGUGCAGUAUAAAAGAAGUUUUAUUGUAUUCAUUUUAUCCACACAGCAACUGUGUACACUGCUAGAGACUUUGCAGAAGAAACCAGUGCCACCCUCCAGUUAGCCAUGACAAGCUUAAGACAGGUUGGAAAUGGGCCAGUGUUUUGCUGUACUAGUUGA